GCAGCUGGAUGCUGGCCUUGUAGACAAUCAGCUGUCUCCCUGAGGAGAAGAAUUGUGCAGUCCAGAAAGCUGGCAGGGGAGGGAGGCGCGCGGGCUUGACGGACAGCCGAGAAGUCUGGCUUUUUGGACGGCCCUUAGCAACGGCCCUGAUUUGACCCUCCUCAGCGAGGAGAAAAUCAAAUCAGUGGACCGUUCUCCCGGCUGCGAUGCAGCCUCAGCUGCUAAGCGUUAAGGCGGCCUUCUUCCCAGCCUGUUAAUUACAUGCUCGCUCCCAUCUCGGCGUUCCUGCCUUGCUUGGCAAAGUGCUCCCGAGCUGGGGGAAGAAACGACUGCCACCUAGCCCCCCUCGCUGCUUGGGAGUUUGGUCGUGAUUAGAUGGCUAACAGGGGCCCGAGCUACGGCUUAAGCCGAGAGGUGCAGGAGAAGAUCGAGCAGAAAUACGACGCGGACCUGGAGAACAAGCUGGUGGACUGGAUCAUCCUGCAGUGCGCGGAGGACAUAGAGCACCCGCCCCCCGGCAGGGCCCAUUUUCAGAAAUGGUUAAUGGACGGGACGGUCUUGUGUAAGCUGAUAAACAGUUUAUAUCCACCAGGACAAGAGCCCAUUCCCAAGAUCUCAGAGUCAAAGAUGGCUUUUAAGCAGAUGGAGCAAAUCUCCCAGUUCCUAAAAGCAGCAGAGAUAUACGGUGUCAGGACCACUGACAUUUUUCAGACCGUGGAUCUGUGGGAAGGGAAGGACAUGGCUGCAGUGCAGAGAACCCUGAUGGCUCUGGGCAGCGUGGCCGUCACCAAGGAUGACGGCUGCUACCGGGGAGAGCCGUCCUGGUUUCACAGGAAAGCACAGCAGAAUCGGAGAGGAUUUUCAGAGGAGCAGCUUCGCCAGGGACAGAACGUUAUAGGUCUGCAGAUGGGCAGUAACAAGGGUGCCUCCCAGGCAGGCAUGACUGGGUAUGGGAUGCCCAGGCAGAUCAUGUGAAACGCCACCUCCUGGCCCCCAGUAGAGAGGAUGAAUGUUCCACACCACAGUCUCUAUGAUAAAGAAAUAGUUAGUCACCUUCUGACCUUCUCUUUCUCGAUGCCUCCUGUCCCUGGUUUUUGCGAGUGCUGCAUUUCUGCUGAGAAUCCGCGUUGCCUACUGCUGCCACCUUCGGUUCCUUAGAACUAUGCAAAGACUCCGCUUCCUUCCUCUUCCUGAGCUCCUGGCCUAAAAGUCUCCGUUUGUCUGAUUAUUUAUUUAUUUAUUUGCCAAAAAGUUCCCUCCUCAACGUAUCGAACACACCGAAUAAACAAAUUAGUCUUGUGUCU